GUGAGCUUAAGAGAAGGCCCUCCCGCUCACAUCCGUAGACGUUGCGUCUCUACAAUUGAUUAAUCUAUUUUUGGCCAAUUGACUUUUGGAGGGUUGUUGUUGUGUUUGCAUACAAGUAGAAAUCGCAAUUUCUCUUCUAGGCAACGAUGGGCUUGUCAAAGUCAUUUAUCGCGACUUUGCUGGUCGCAAGUACGGCGGUCGCGCAAUUCGUCCCUGCUCCCACGGACUUGACGACAAAGGAAGGAUACGCAGGCAUCAAUGUUCGCUACAAGGAGGUACCCGCAGGCAUUUGUGAGCUCGAUCCCAAUGUGAAGAGUUACUCUGGCUACGCGGAUGUCGGCGAAAACAAGCACGUCUUCUGGUGGUUCUUCGAAGCGCGCAAUCAAGAUCCCUCCGAAGCCCCAUUGACCGUAUGGAUUAAUGGCGGCCCUGGAUCGAGCUCUAUGAUCGGAUUGUUCCAAGAGCUAGGACCUUGCGGCGUUGGGCCAGAUCUCAAGCCGUUCAACAAUCCGUAUUCAUGGUCGAAUGCUAGCAACAUGCUCUUCAUCGAUGAGCCUACAACCGUCGGCUUUUCUUACUCGAUCCCCAUUCCUGGAUACAAAGAUGACGGUGGGUUUAUUGUCGAACUGCCCAAUGCUACUUGCCCGGAUUAUGCGCAAUCUUAUGGCUCGUGUGGCACGUAUUCAAAGUCGGAUCUUACUUUGACGGCGAAUACUACGGCUGGCGCCGCGCCGGACAUGUGGAAAACGCUGCAAGGCUUCAUGGGCGCAUUCCCAGACUACGCGCGCAGUGGGUUCAGCUUUGCGACUGAGAGUUACGGAGGACACUACGGACCUAUUUUCAACGCCUACUUCCUCGAUCAAAACGCGAAGAACAUCACCGGAGCACACAAGAUUGACCUCGAAAAUGUGUUAAUCGGCAACGGCUGGUUUGACCCUCUCAUCCAGUACCAAGCCUACUACAACUACUCCGUCUUCCCCGGCAACACAUACGAUUACGACCCGUACAACGAGACUGUCAAGGCAGAAUGGUACAACAACCUCUAUGGCAAGGGCAACUGCGUCGACCAGACCAAGCAAUGCUAUGCUACGGGCGUAAACUCUGUCUGCGCUCAAGCAGACAACUUUUGCUACUCCAAAGUCGAGAACAUGUAUGACAUUUACAGUGGGCGAGACGAGUACGAUAUGCGUUAUUUGACACCAGACCCCUUCCCGUACAGCUUCUAUGUGCAGUAUCUCAACACACCAGAGGUGCAGACGGCGAUUGGCGCUUACCAGAAUUUCUCCGAAAGUUCAGGCACAGUAAGCAGUGCGUUUGGGAAUACAGGAGAUGACGACCGGGAGAGCGGAACUAUCGAGGCUUGCCGGCAGUUGCUUGAUGCGGGGGUGCAGGUCAUGCUCUAUUACGGUGACGCCGAUUACAACUGCAACUGGUUGGGCGGUCAAGUCGUCGCACGAGAAAUCGACGCAGCCGGCUACUCCACGGCAGGAUUCGUCAACAUCUCCACCUCGGACGACAUUGUGCACGGCCAGGUCAAGCAGUCUGGACUUUUCUCCUUCCUCCGCAUCUACGAGUCAGGCCAUGAAGUCCCGUUCUACCAACCGCUUGCUGCGCUGGAGAUCUUCGAGCGCGCGUUAAAGCAACUUGAUAUCGCGACUGGCAAGGAGAAGGUGGAAGGUGGAUACAAGACGAACGGUACUGCGACGAGCACUUAUCGCGAGGGCAACAGUACGCUUCAGUUUGAGGUUACGCCGAGUAAUGCGACGUAUAACACAGCGUUGAAUGCGCCUGAUCCAGAGCCGACGUGGAGUGUUGCGGUGGAGGCGAGGGGAUUGGAGAAGAGGGGUGGGUGGAGAUUGGACAGGCCAAGAUCGCCGAGGGGUGGGAAAUGAACUACUCGAGGGCGCCGGUGAUUGAAUAGGAGCAGUG